AUGCAGCAUCGUGGUUGGUUGCGGCUGUGGGAAGAAGGCGAGGGCUGUAGGGAGUGCAUCCAGCGCCUCUGCCCCCCAGUCCCUGGCGAGUGCCCGGCAGGUCGGGUGCAGGACCACUGUGGAUGCUGUGAACAGUGUGCUAAUGUGGAGGGGCAGCAGUGUGACCCAGAUGGAGCACAGAAGUUCUAUGGCAAUUGUGGAGAGGGCCUGAUCUGUCAGAGGAAAAUGCCAAAGGGGGGACACAAGGCAGCGCCGGAGCCUACAUGUGUUUGUCAGGAAAAGGGUCCUGUAUGCGGCUCAGAUGGGUGGACCUACCAAAAUGUUUGCCAGAUGAGAGAGGCUGGCAGCCGCAGCAACACAACCAUCAAACUCACUGGAAGAGGACCUUGCAACUCUGCUCCCCGCAUCGUUCAAGUUCCUAGAAACCUGUCCAACUACACCGGGAAUGACAUCGUGUUUAGCUGUGAGGCCUCCGCCUACCCUCUUCCAAACCUCAGCUGGAGGAAGACAGGAAGUGACAACUUCCUGCCAGGAGAUGAUCCUCACAUCUCUGUCCAGUCUCGAGGCGGUCCCCAGCGCUUCACUGUCUCCACCUGGCUUCAGAUACAGGGCCUCCACGUCUCUGACACAGGGAUCUACUCUUGCAUCUCCCACAAUUCCUUUGGAGAAACAUCUGCAUCAGCACAGCUCAUAGUGUUGACACAGGUGGAGACGGAAGGCCUUGCUGAGCAGAAAACGGAGCGCUUUGAUCAUCUGGAAGACGGCAGUGAUGGACAGCUGGCAUCUGGAGAUUAGCUUGGAUUCAUUUAAGUCAGUUUAUAAGACCAGACAACAAGGAAGGAAAAAUAUGUUUAUACUAACAUAAGGGAUCAGCUUACAUUUUUUACACUGCAACAGUUGUAAACUCUUCAUUAUAAUUAAACAUUAUAUGCUUUUAAU